AUAGUCCCAGUGAUUCAGAAUGGUGCAAGAGGAAAGGUCUUCCAGUUCACUUAUUCUGACCCAUUACGAGGCUGGGUGUAAGGAAUGAGGUCGAAGAAAAGCAGCUGACAUUGAAGAGCGUGGCUACUUUUGAGCUUAGCAAAGCCGAAUUCAAGAGGCUGCCGAAGAAAAUGGUGAAGCGCUGUGCUUUCAGGCGGGCGUCUGCGUCCAGCCGGUUCCACCGCGCCGACUGUCCGGCUUUCCUUGGACCCGGAAGGGCCUGCCCGCGGGGGCGGCGUUUAGGACCUGCUCGGGUCGGUCAUCCUCGGCCCGACGCCCAGAAUUGAGGCCCGCCCAGGGCUUCCCUCCGCCCCUCUCUUGAGGGUUCCUUUUAAACUGCGCUCGGGAGCCCCCGCGCCUCUUGCGUGCUCGGCGCCGUCCCUCGGCGGCCCGCUUUUCUCCUCUGAUUGGCCGCAGUCCCUGCUCGUCAGCCGUGACGCAAGGAUCGCCGCCGGGCCCCGCCCUCUUCCGAGAGCCCCGAAAACAAUUUUAAGAUGGCGGCGGCGGCGGCGCGGAAAACAAUGGGGCCGGGGCGGCGGGGACAGGCCGCGGCCUGAGGUAGGCAGCGAGCGCCGGCCCGGGUAGGGCCGAGCGGGGCCGCAGGAAGACCCGCUACCGCGCGCUAUCCCGCUCCGCAGCCCGCGGGGCCAUGGCGCGGCCGUGAGGCGGCCGGGCCGCCGGCGGGAGCGGAGCCCGCAGUGCCAGCCGGCCCCGAGAGGCCCGCCCCGGGCCCGGCCCGAGCAGCCCGCGGCCCAUGGUGCUGCCCACCUGCCCCAUGGCGGAGUUCGCGCUGCCGCGGCACAGCGCGGUCAUGGAGCGCCUCCGCCGGCGCAUCGAGCUGUGCCGGCGCCACCACAGCACCUGCGAGGCCCGCUACGAGGCCGUGUCGCCCGAGCGCUUGGAGCUCGAGCGCCAGCACACCUUCGCCCUGCACCAGCGCUGCAUCCAGGCCAAGGCCAAGCGCGCCGGCAAGCACCGGCAGCCGCCCGCCCCGGCCCCGGCGCCCGCCCCGGCCCCGCGCCUCGACGCCGCCGACGGCCCAGAGCACGGCCGCCCCGUCGCGCAUCUCCAUGAUACAGUGAAGAGAAAUCUUGAUAGCGCCACCUCCCCUCAGAAUGGUGAUCAACAGAAUGGCUAUGGAGAUCUCUUUCCUGGGCAGAAGAAGACCCGCCGGGAGGCCCCUCUGGGAGUAGCUGUCUCUUCUAACGGCCUGCCUCCAGCCUCCCCCCUUGGUCAGCCUGACAAGCCUGGUGCAGAGGCCCUCCAGGCCAGUGGGAAGCACUCAUUGGGGCUGGACUCCAUCAACAAGAAGUGUCUAGCAGACUCAAGCCUCCACCUGAACGGAGGCAGCAACCCUGGGGAGUCAUUUCCUCUGAGCUUGAAUAAAGAACUGAAACAAGAGCCUGUUGAUGACCUGCCUUGCAUGAUCGCAGGGGCCGGAGGCUCCAUAUCUCAAAGCAACCUCAUGCCUGACCUCAACCUUAACGAGCAGGAGUGGAAGGAGCUCAUCGAGGAGCUGAAUAGGUCAGUGCCUGAUGAAGACAUGAAGGAUCUUUUUAAUGAGGACUUUGAAGAAAAGAAGGACCCAGAGUCUUCUGGUUCUGCCACACAGACCCCCUUGGCACAGGACAUUAAUAUUAAGACAGAAUUCUCUCCAGCAGCCUUUGAGCAAGAACAGUUAGGUUCUCCACAAGUGAGGGCUGGGUCUGCAGGACAGACCUUUAUGGGGGCUUCAUCUGGCCCUGUGAACACAGAUUCACCCAGCCUAGGGGCCUCUCAGCCUCUGUUCCACACCUCUGGUCAGCCCGGGGCAGACAAUCCCAGUCCCAACCUGAUGCCGGCAUCAGCCCAGGCCCAGAAUGCACAAAGAGCCCUCUCCAGUGUGGUGUUGCCUAGCCAGGGCCCAGGAGGGGCCUCAGAGCUGUCCUCUGCCCACCAGCUCCAGCAGAUCGCUGCCAAGCAGAAGCGCGAGCAGAUGCUGCAGAACCCACAGCAGGCUGCCCCGGCAGCAGCCCCAGGCCAGAUGUCCACGUGGCAGCAGACAGGCCCCUCCCACAGUCCGCUAAAUGUCCCUUAUCCUAUGGAGAAGCCUGCCAGCCCUCCUGGCUAUAAGCAAGACUUUACCAACUCCAAACUGCUCAUGAUGCCCAGUGUGAACAAGAGCUCCCCAAGGCCCGGAGGCCCCUACCUCCAGCCCAGCCACGUCAACCUGCUGAGUCACCAGCCACCAAGUAACUUGAAUCAGAAUGCUGUGACUAACCAAGGGUCAGUGCUGGACUACGGCAAUACCAAACCCCUUUCUCAUUACAAAGCAGACUGUGGGCAAGGUGGCCCUGGGUCUGGCCAGAGCAAGACGGCCCUGAUGGCUUUUCUUCCCCAGCAGCUGCCUCAUCUGAGCAGUGAGCAGAACUCCUUGUUUCUGAUGAAACCAAAGCCGGGAAAUAUACCCUUCCGAUCACUGGUUCCACAUAGCCAGGAGCAGAACCCUUCCAACGUCCCUGUGCCAGCCCAGGCUGCCAGCGUGGGAACCCAGCCUCCCGCUGCGUCCGUGGCCAGCACUCACAGCAACACCCCCUAUCUCAGUAGCCAGCAGCAGGCAGCUGUAAUGAAGCAGCAUCAAAUGCUUUUGGACCAGCAGAAACAGAGGGAGCAGCAACAAAAGCAUUUGCAGCAACAGCAGUUCUUGCAAAGGCAGCAGCACCUUCUGGCAGAACAGGAGAAGCAGCAGUUCCAGCGCCAUCUGACCCGCCCGCCACCCCAGUACCAAGACCCAACACAGAGUACCUUCCCACAACAGGUUGGACAGUUCACAGGGUCCUCUGCUGCCAUGCCUGGCAUGAACAACUUGGGUCCAUCUAAUUCCAACUGUCCUCGAGUGUUCCCUUCAGCCAGGAAUCUGAUGCCGGUGGGCCCUGGACACACUUCGGUUUCCUCUCUCCCCUCAAACUCAGGCCAGCAGGACCGAGGUGUGGCUCAGUUCACUGGCUCCCAAAGCAUGCCGCACAGCAGCCUCUAUGGCAUGGCCUCUGGCAUAACCCAGAUAGUUGCCCAGCCUCCACCACAGGCCACCAACGGACAUGCCCACGUUCCACGGCAGGCCAGUGUGGGCCAGAACACCUCAGUUUCAGCUGCCUAUGGGCAGAACUCUCUGGGGAGCUCUGGCCUCUCCCAACAGCACAGUAAGGGGACCCUGAACUCUGUUUUAACUAAGCCACAGGUCCCAAGGGUGUCAGCGGCCAUGGGAGGCCAGAAUCCCUCAUGGCAACAUCAGGGAAUGCCAAACCUGAGUGGCCAGACCCCAGGGAGCAACACCGUAAGCCCCUUCACUGCAGCCUCCAGUUUCCACAUGCAGCAGGCCCACCUGAAGAUGUCCAGCCCGCAGUUCUCCCAGGCGAUGCCUAGCCAGCCCAUGGCCCCCAUGAGCUCGGCAGCUGCAGCAGGGUCCGUGCUGCCCGCCGUGAGCACGCAGCAGAGGACCGGUGCCCCUGCCCCAGCACCUCCCCAGGGAGCCCCGCAGCAGGGCUUGCCAGGCCUGAGCCCGGCUGGGCCUGAGCUGGGGGCCUUCAGUCAGAGCCCCGCCCCACCAAUGGGCGGCCGGGCGGGGCUGCACUGUGCCCAAGCCUACCCCGUGCGGACCUCGGGCCAGGAGCUGCCCUUUGCCUACAGCGGGCAGCCGGGUGGCAGUGGGCUGGCCAACAUGGCUGGAGAUGCCGACCUGAUCGACUCCCUGCUGAAGAACAGGACUUCGGAGGAGUGGAUGAAUGAUUUGGACGACCUCUUAGGGCCUCAGUAAACAGCAGGAUUUAUGGUGUUUUCAGUGUUCAUACAUCCUGUAUUUUUGUUCUCAGAUUCAAUAAAAAGCAACUACUUUGGACCAAAAGCACAGGGCCCCGAGGAGCAGGGCGGGUAGAGCCAGAGCCCUCAGGCUGAGGCCCGGCCCUGGCCAGGACCUCUGGGCCCAUGUCUCUGAGCCAGCAGUUGUGGUCCGUCGGGCUGGCCCCCGCCCCUCUGCUGGCGUCAUUACCUGGUGUUGGGACAGCAGGACAGGGUUCUACAGGUGGUUUUCUAUCCAAAUACCAAAACCCAACAGUAACAACAGUGAAACCCCAUGAUGUCAGGUUUAUAAAAAUCUCCUAUCAUGCUGACUUGAUCCAAGAUUUCUCCACUUGCCCCAAUGUUGGGGAUGGUUUCUAUUGAAACUUUAUAUAGCAGAACUAUUUACAAUUUGUAGCAUAGAAAAGAUUAAAUUUUGUUUAAAAAAGGUUUUAAAACAGAUUGGGAUAGGUGGUGGUUUAAAUUGAUUAAGUGGCAUUGGGAACCUAGGGUUUCCUUUUGAUUAAGAGCCUUUUUUAUUCCUGCUCUUUUUCAGCUUUCAGGGGAAAGGGAGGGUCAGUGGAAAAUCAUUUCCGUAAGGACUGUAUGUGCCAAAAAGGAACAGGAUGCCGUGAGAUAGCAGAGCGAGUGACACAGAUGUGGUCUUUCCAGCAACUCCUCCUCCUCCCAGAGUGUUCUUCUUCCAGGCUGGCAUUUACGAGGACCAGCUGAGGAAUCCCUUCCUCCGCAUUGGUAGCAGGACCCCAGGCAGCCCCCAGGCUAAAUGCUGAAAUGGAAUAUUUGGGAUUCCUAUGUCCUCUUUUGUUGUAACUUCCCACCUUUUGCAGUUUCUCUGAAAACAUAUUUAACAUGUUAGAAAGGUGAUCGUUGUUGAGUUAUGCACAGAUGUCUUCCUUCACCCGGUCUUCAAUUCCCGUGUCCUUUCUUCCUGCCUCUUCUUUCUCCAGCCCAAAUGGAAACCCUCUUUAAGGCAAUGAUUUACCAGAUUGGAGGGGAAAAGAAAGAGUCAUUAGAAUUCCUUAGGGAGCAGUAGCAUCAUAGGGAGGAAGGUAUCCCAUCCUCAGAAAGGCUUAAGGGAAGGAGAAAAAAAGGUGGCCCUGUUUGCAGGGAGGCCGCAGCCCUUGCUGGGGGAGGCGUUCACUCUGCUGUACUCCUUCUGCCAGUCCCACGUCAGAUGACUUGCACUUUUUAAAGAGAAUUGCUUUAUAACACUAAUACAUCCUUUAUAGAGAUUCCAGUGGAUUUCUCUUUCAAGGUCUAUGAAUUAAUGGACUUGCCUAAGCUGAGAGUCCACAAAGCAAAGUAUCACCUGUGGGCUGUUUGUAGAAAGUGAAGACAGAGAGAGCACUUCGGUAUAACAAAAGCAAAAUGGUUAAGCACAGGGUGAGACCCUUUUAAACGGUGUUGGAGAGAAAAUAGUACACUGAAAAGAGUGGCUUAUAUGUAGAGUGGUCUCUGGAGAAACCCCAACCCCAUUUUGUUUUCCCUAGAGCCUCAAAAGGGAUAAUUCAAGGAGUAUAUGUAAAGAAUUGAGCCAAGGAAGAUAUUCACGGGGCCAGCCUGAGUGGCUUUGAGGGGCCGUGAAGGGUUGUACACACUUUGGUAAUUAUUUUGCACCAGCAGUGCCUUUCAUGGGGGUACUUAAGCCCUCACAUCCUCUUCUCUAGUAGCCAUUUGCCACCACAGGUGGUGUUUGGGCCAUUUCCUCUUUAAAUACCCUGCCGGCCUUCCCCAGAUGCUGAAUUUAGCUCUCAAAGAAGGGAAUGAAUCAUUAAGCUAGUGAAGACUCCACCCUCUGAGUGAGUUCCCCAAUCUGAAGGGGAAGAAGGUAACUUCAGCAGGUUUUCUACCAAAAAUAGCGGGCUGAAGGCUGGUGAUGGGUCCUUGUUCCUCUCCUGGUCUCCCUCUGACUGCUGCUCACCUCUGUCCUGGGGCACUGUGCCUCCCCCUCCUGGGGAGGGCUGCCCUUGCCUUAGUCCUGGGGCUGCCGAGACAGACAGCAGGCUUCCCACUUGCUGCAGUGUCAGAGCAAUAAAAUGUGAUGCUUGGGGUCCCCCAGGGAGCUGCCCGUGGCUUUAUUUAUGAGUCUGGUUUUUGGGUAGUCAAGGGGGGAGACGACUCCGCUUUAGCGCAGAUCCCCAUCUUCCAGGAGCCAUGACUCAAAAGGGUGCUCGGACUUUUGUUAAACACAUCCGCUUUGUGUAAAUAAAUGUUUACAAUUUUCUAUUAAAGAUGGAAUAAGCGUUAGAGCUUCUGACUGUAUAUUUUUUACUUUUAUAGAUUUUAAAACUAUGAUCUUUUAUAUAUGUGUUUUGGGGGAGCUAUGAUAAGUUUUAUGGCAAACAGUUGAUAUUGUUAACUUUUUAUUGUUAUCAAAGUGCAUAAAAAUCCUAUUAAUCCCCUUAUUCUUCUACUUCCCCUAACUCUGGUAUACACCAAAAAGAAAUCUUUCCUUUCCUUGUUUUAUCAUUAUAAAAUAAUAAAAGUAUUUUGCUAGUAUGGAAACCGCC